ACGAGAAUCAAAAUUUUCUGGGUAUUUUCCUGUUCUAGUUUUACUAUCCGAAGCGAAUCCGAAACUACCCGAACUGAAUCUGACCGAAAAUAAGUCAUGUAUUAAUGGGAUCCUCUAAUCCUCUAUUCAUAUUACCCCAUACUCCAUACUCGAAAUACCUAAAACAUAUAACUCGAACCGAUACCCGAAAUACCAAAAACAAUAAACAAUGUGGGCUAACCUUUCGUCCUCCACGUUGUUUAAUAUCUAAAUCUGGAUUGUAGGACUUUGUGGACCAUCCAGCAAUUAUUUUCAAAGGAGAUUGUUGAAGAGUCAAGCUUUCUAUUUUCUCCCAUAAAUGUAGUAAGAAAAAAAUAUAAUGCAUGUGGAGCUUGUGUUUCCUGUUCUCCCUUUCUGAUUUAAUACUUGUUUUCGCUUCUUCUGCUAAGCAUUUGUGUCCUCCAGACCAAAGAGAUACUCUUUGGGAGUUCAAGAGUGAAUUCUCUGUCCAAGAGUUAGAUUCCUCUUGGUGGGAGUCUGAUUUGAAGACAGAGAGGUGGAGGAACAACACUGAUUGUUGUUCAUGGGAUGGUAUCUCAUGUGAUUCUAAGACAGGUACGGUGGUGGAGUUGGACCUGUGGGACAGUUCCCUCAACGGCCCUUUGAGAUCUAAUAGUAGCCUUUUUAGACUACAACACCUUCAGAGUCUUAAUCUUAGCUCCAACAAUCUUCCGGGGAUUCUACCAUAUUCCAUUGGAAACCUCAAAUAUUUAAGGGUUUUGAAGCUUCGCUACUGCAAUUUCUUUGGAAAAAUUCCUUCUUCGCUCGGAAAUCUUUCUUACCUCACUGAUCUUGAUCUUUCUGUUAAUCAAUUCUCCGGAGAGCUACCAGAUUCAAUGGGCAACCUAAACCGACUAUCAGAGUUGCAACUAAGAUAUAACAAUCUUGGUGGGAACUUUCCUUCUGUUCUACUCAAUCUAAGCGAGCUCACUCAGAUAAGCCUUAGUUACAACAAGUUCAAAGGUAUGCUCCCAUCUAACAUGAGUAGCCUCACCAAUCUGGAGUAUUUAGAUAUAAAUGGAAAUUUAUUUUAUGGACCUUUACCGUCACCUCUGUUUAUGAUCCCUUCCUUGAUUCAACUUAAUUUGGAAGGAAACAGCUUCAGUGGUCCUAUUGAGAUUAAGAAUAUUUCUUCACCUUCUAAUCUUGAAGUUUUGUCUCUUGGAGAAAACAAUUUCGAUGCGCCAAUCCAAGGAUCUUUGUCAAAACUUGCCGGGCUCCGAACUCUUGAACUCAACUAUAUGAAUACAAGAAUCAUGGUUGACUUGAGUUUUCUCUCACAUCUUAAGUCGCUUAGCUAUCUAGACCUUUCAGGGAAUGAUUUGAAGUUCAGCUCAACUCUCCGUCUUCCCUAUUUAGGUUUCUUGUAUUUAUCAUCCUGUAAUAUCGUUGAGUUUCCCAAGUUUUUACAAAGCCAAACCAGAUUGCUGUUAUUAGACAUUUCUGUCAAUCAAAUUGAAGGCAAAGUACCAGAGUGGUUUUGGAGAUUGGAAAUAUCGCGUGUUAACAUCUCUCAGAACUACAUACGCGGUUUUGAUGGAUCUGCCGACGUUAUUCAAAGAACCGGGGGAGUAGUUACGCUUGAUAUAAGCUCAAACGCUUUCCGAGAACCGUUUCCUUUGUUACCGAACUCUACAAACUACUUAUUUGGCUCUGACAAUCUAUUUUCGGGAGAGAUUCCAAGGACGAUAUGUGACUUGGUUUAUCUUGAUAGACUUGUUUUAUCCAACAACAACUUUAGUGGCUCCAUCCCUCCUUGUUUAAGUACUUAUCUUUCGGUCUUGCAUCUUCGGAAUAACAGCAUCUCUAGUGUUAUUCCUGAAGAUUUUAUCAGUAAUAUGUUGAUAUCACUUGAUCUUGGUUACAACAGGUUAUCAGGAGGACUGCCCAAGUCUCUGAUUAACUGCACUCGUCUCCAGUUUCUGAACGUGGAAGAGAACAGAAUCAGCGACACCUUUCCAUUCUGGUUGAGAGUGUUGCCUAAUCUAGAGAUUCUUGUCCUUCGUUCUAACGAAUUCCACGGACCAAUAAGUUCUUUCAGUCUCCCCAAGCUGCGAAUCUUUGACAUUUCGAGAAAUAAGUUCACUGGGGUCUUGCAAUCAGAUUUCUUUGCUGGUUGGGGCGCAAUGUCAUUACCGGUUGUAUACUUCGAAGGUGAUUCGCAGUAUAGGUUUUCAGGAGUUGGCAAACCAUACUAUCAUGCGUCCGUGGCUCUGACAAACAAGGGAUCGAAUAUGAAGCUGGUUGGGAGUGGUUUCACAAUCUACAAAACCAUCGAUAUCUCUGGAAACAGAUUCCAAGGAGGCAUUCCCGAAUCCAUCGGUUUACUGAAGGAACUGAUUGUGCUCAACAUGUCAAACAACGCUUUCACAGGCCGUAUUCCACCAUCUUUGUCAAAUAUAACAAGUCUUCAGUCAUUGGAUCUAUCUCAAAACCAAUUAUCAGGUAAAAUCCCACCGGAGAUCGGGAAACUCACUUUUCUGGCGUGGAUGAAUUUCUCAUACAACAGGCUUGAAGGUCCAAUACCACAAGGCACUCAAAUUCAAAGCCAUAAUAUUUCUUCAUUCGCUGAGUAUCCUGAGCUGUGCGGUGUUCCUCUCCAAAAAACUUGCGGUGGAGGAGAAGGAGCAAUAAAUCAAGAGCAAGAAGAUGAAGAUGAAGAAAAAGAUCAAGUGUUGAGCUGGACUGCUGCUGCAAUAGCCUAUCUACCUAGUGUUUUCUGUGGAUUCACCCUCGGCCAUAUUCUUACUUCAUAUAGACAUGACUGGUUCAUGAGAAUCUAACACUCUUUUGCUUAAUACAAGCAUCUGUUGUCUGAUGAUAUCUAGUCUUCAUGCGUUUUUAAUAAUAUGGUAACUCUUUUGUUGUAUUGUUUUGCCACUAUUAUUGUGAGAAUCUGUGUGCUUUGGUGGACUUAGUUUUCUAUUUCCCUUUAUGUGUUUGUGUCUCUGAUGUCUUGUCGCAGGGACACCUGGCCUGCAGUAAUGCAAGUCAUGUUUUAAGUCGGUAUAAAUCAAUUGUUUCUUCAUUUUCAGAUUUCUUAUGUUGUUUCGAAUCAACCUGAUAGAUAUCAGAAUGCGUAUUACCACAAGAAGAAAAACCAGAGUGACUUGGGAGAUAACAAUGACAUGGCAAGCCGUUGGAAGUUAAUUCAAACAUUUAAAAGAGAAAAGGAAAGCUUCUGUUUAACUCUGGCCAACAACUGAAAGGAUUCUUACUGCUGGUGGGGUAUUACCGAAGGUUUAUAUAGAAUUAUGGGAUCAUUGCCAGGCCAUUGACCAAUCUUUUGAAGAAAGACCAGUUCUCAUGGUCUAUGAAGUCACAAACAGCCUAUGAAAAAUAGAAAGAUGCUAUGGUCCGUGCUCUAGUAUUGGCCUUACCAGAUUUUCAACAAGUGUUUAUAGUGCAGUCGGAUGCUUCAGGUUUUAGUUAAGGAGCCGUUUUGAUGCAGAACAAGAAUUCAAUAGCAUACUUCAGACACGCGUUGACAGCUACAGAACAACUGAAACAAACAUACGAAAGAGAAUUAAUGGCUAUUGUAAUGGAUAUACGUAAGUGGAAAUAUUACCUAAUGGGAUGUAAGUUUCAUGUGGACAAGACUUCUGAGCUUGGGAAACUCACUUUUCUGGCGUGGAUGAAUUUCUCAGACAACAGGUUUGAAGGUCCAAUACCACAAGGCACUCAAAUUCAAAGCCAGAAUAUGUGACAUCCGUCACCUCCUAUAUGGAGGACAGCGUGUCAUCCUCGACAUGUCAUCAUACAACAAUGUGACAUCCGUUUCUUCUUCGCUGAAGAAGACGGGCCACCAACAAAAUCUCGAAAUAUAAAAGCCUAUAAACUCAACUACACUCAUCCAAGACCAAAUAAAAUCCAAAAGAAAAGUCCAGUAGAACCAAGUCCAUCCAAAUAUCAAAUAAUUGUUUGUCUCACCUGAAAUGGGAAAGAGAAAGGGGUGAGCAACAUGGAAAUCACUCAUUGAGGUAUGUGAUGCUAUCCCGAAGUCCAUGGACCCGGACAUAGCACUCCGAAUAAAUAUAAUUUAAUUCACACAUGACAAACACGGUACCUAAAGUACCCAAGCAACAAGCAAUGGUCCUAGCGAGGUGCGCACUCGCUGCCCACUAACAUGCCAAAAUGAAAAAACAACCAUUCGAGAUAGUGCUCGGACACCGCCCGUAGAUGAUUUAUCGACCCUCCAGCUAUGGCCCAACCGGUCGACUAAAGCUGGCAGUAACCUCCAAACAAUCCGGCAUACAUAAGCACCUCUCACUCUGUCUCCGUCUCAAACAAUUCUAACUAUGAGUUUACAAUAAGUGAAGCAAACAAUAUUGAAUCAUCUAACACCCUAGUUCCGGUUUAAGCAAAUAACCUAAAUAUCUAAGCAAGCAAUGACUCCAAUGAGGACGCAAGACAGACUCGAUUCAUAGAGUCGGAACAUAUUAAAACUAUACUAUAUUUGUUCAAAAUUCUAAGCCGUGUACGAGAAGUUCGAGAAUAGCUCUCACCUUAGAAAUAUGGAAAAGUGGUGUCUAUGAACUCCAGCUGCUCAAAUAGACUCCAAAUUUGAAAUCAGGGCGAAACGCCUUUCGAACGGUUAAAAACGGAUAAACAGAAGUCUUGUCAAAAAGUCAACCUGCCUGGUCAAAGGUCAACCUCUGACCACAUUGGAAUUGAUUUAAACCGACUAGUUUGACCUAACCGGAUUCCAAUUUAUUUUUAACCGACCGGUUUAAACUAACUGAAAUUCAAUUAACGAACCAAACCGGCUUGACUGGUCAAUGAGUCACCGGCGGCGGCGAGGCGGUGGUCUGAUGGCGGCGAAGCGGUGGCCAGUGGUGGCGAGGUGGCGGUCCGGUGGCGGCUGGCGACAGUCCGGUGACGGCAAGGCGGUGGUCCGACGGUGGCGAGGUGAUGGUCCGACUGCGUGUGUGGCUAACGCACGGGCGGAGGCAAAACUUCUGGAGGCUCUAGCGGCUUCGUCCGAGCUCCGAUUGAGGUGUGGUCGGUGGCUACGGCUUCGUCUCGUCGAGAGGAAUACGGUGGUGGCCUUGCAUAUUCGCGAUUCUCAACGGUUAGACAUAUAUUGACGAUUUACUAAACGGACGAAACUAAGCUUAACUGCAUGGCGGUUUUCCGGCGGUUUCUUGGGCUGCGAACGACAGUGAUGAGCUUGACGUGUUCUCGGCUUGCUGUGGCUCCGGCGCCGAGUCCUGGUGGCUCAGUCUCUACAAAAACUCCACAUUCCUAUUUCUUAACACUCCUUUUUAUUUUUUUAUUUUUGGAACUAAGAGGACAAAACAAAGAUGAUGGUGGGUUGGAGGAACGAGUAUUUAUAGAAAAUACUCGGGCUUUCGGGAAUAGGCUUGGGCCUUGACGAGCCGAGAUUUUAAAGCCCAAAAUUUAGGUUGUUACAAUUCUCCCCCAUUAAUAAAGAAUUCAUCUCCGAAUUCAAAUCUGAGCUGACUGUCCAAUAUCAUCGCAACAAAACUCUGAAUAAUAAAUCUGCUCGGUCUCUGGAGUCUCCUCCUGAAUCCCAUCUCUCUCACAACAAACUCUGACAAACACGGUCGACAUUCCUUGAACUGCUUUCAGUUGAUGAUCCAAAAUCUCUACUGGCUAACAUGGUGCAACCAAUUUUUACCAAGGCCGUUUUGAGGCUGAUGCAAAAUGAAUUCUGGCACUCUUACGACCUUUCUCAAAAUAGACACAUGAAACACGUUAUGGAGGUCUGAUAACUCUGCUGAUGAAUCAAAUCUGUAAGCAGCUGCUCCAAUCUGCUCCACAAUAGAAUAUGGUCCCAUAUACCUCAGUUUAAACUUAUUUAGCUUUCAAGUCUUAGAUCCUCCCUGAAAUGUCUUUAUUUUUAGGUUUACUCGAUUGCCUAUCUGAAACUCCAAUCCUUACGACGUUUAACUGCAUAACUCCCCUAACUGCCAUGGGCUUCCUAAAGCCAAAAUUUGAACAUGUCCAUUUUCUCUACCGUCUCUUGAACCAUUGAUGAUUCUAUCUCAGGUCACUCCCCCACUUUGGUCCAACAAAGUGGUAUACGACAAGGCCUAUCAUAAAGAACCUCAUAUGGUGCCAUCUCAAUACCUGAAUGAUAGCUAUCAAGGUAGGCAACUCUGCUAGAGGCAGAUUCUUUGCUAGCUUCCUUUCCACUGUAAGACACAAUCCUUGAGCAUAUCCUCUAAAUUCUGAAUAGUCCUCUCUGGCUGACCGUCUGUCUACUGAUGAUAAUUGUACUCAUGCGGGCCUUUGUCUCAAGUGCCUUCUGAAAGACUCUCUAAAAUGCAGACGUGAACUAAUAUUCCAAUCCGAUACAAUGCUGAUUGUAACUCUGUGCAACCUCGCAAUCUCCCUAAUAUAAGUCUGCGCCAACUGAUAAGCUCGGUCUGCCAUCUCAAUUACUAGGAAUUAAGAUGACUUGGUAAAUCUAUCCAUGGGUACCCAUGUGGCAUCCUUUCCACAUGUGUUGAUCGACAAUCCAACAAUAACAUACAUAAUCACCAGGCCUCAUUUCCACUCUCGCAAAACAAAACUCAACAAUAACCUAAUAGGUACCCGAUCCUCAAACAUAACUAUCUGACAUGCCUGACACCACGACGCAGUGUAGCUACAAUCUUUCUCAUACUAGGCCAAUGAUAGUAGCACUUCAUAUCUUGUAC